AUUUCUUCUCUGCACCUUUCUCGUAGCUUCUCUCCACCAGCCCACUUUCUCCUUUCUUUCUUCUUCCUCAUUUUCAUUGCAAUCCUCCUCCAUAUUUAAUUGUCACUAGCCAUUUUAUUUAUCACUAUGGUGUUCACGAAUGAAUAGGGAGUGCCACAGAUCUGGAAAACAUCGCCGCCUGGAGCCGCCGCCGCCCGGAUGCUGCCACGGCCUGGAAAAUUACAGGGAGAUUCGGGAUGUGAGCAGGGCCAAACCGCUUCUUACCAAAGCUACCGAUCCUCCCAUUUUUGACAUUCAAACUGUCAAACCCAGGGUGAAACCAAAAAAGCCCACCACACGGAUUGAUAGUUGGGCUAAACCUCCUGCCAACUUCAUCAAGAUUAAUAUAGCUAUGGGAACCAGGCAGGAUGGGAGUAAUAUUUCUGGCCUGGUCUUCCGUGACAGCCGGGGGGAAUUGCUUUACUAUAAUUCUAACAAUCAUACUUAUCCUGAUUACACUGCCAUCUUCUGUGAAAGUAUGAUUAAGUCAAACAAUAAGAUACAGGACAAUAACUAUACUAGUAUCAUUCAUGAGAGUGACAACUUACAUGUGAUCAAGACCCUUCAAGGAACCAUGAAGCCUAGGUGGACAACGAUUGCAAACCUCUAUGCUUUCAAAGAAACCUUUCAAUAUGUCAAUUUCGGUUACUCUUGCAUCACUAAAUCCUGUAAUAGGGCAGCUUAUUAGGUUGCGAUUAAUGCUAAUCUUUUUACUAGUAGCCCAAACACUUAUAGUAAAUUCCAAGGAAUUCUCAAAUUUGAU